CCUCCUCCCCGGCGGGUGCCUCUGCCGGGACCGGGUUGGGCCGGGGAGUCACAUGAGCGGCCGCCCAAGUCUGCCCUACGCGUCUCGAGGAAAAGCCUCGGCUGGGCCGCGGAGGUGGCGAGGCGCCGCGCGGCUGCUGGUCCCCAUCCCCGCCCCUCCUUCCGCGCCGCUCGUUUGAUGGAGCAGCAACAGAGCGACCACCUGUGAGGAGCAUGCGCUUAACGCAGAUGAUCCUUUAGUGGAAUCCUAGGAAAUGGAUCCAGGCUCCUUGAAAUGUUUGUCUUGACCUACUUGAUGGAGGUACCUUGCAGAAGACGGUGAAUGUGAGGCGAAACUGGACUGGGCUGGGCUGGCCACUUCUUUUUCUGAAUUUGUUACUUCUGCCUACCAUGGAACAAGGCGAGAGUCAGCAGGGACCCCCACCCGAGAGCCAGGAGGACAGCAAAAGCAACACAAGACCUUUGCCUGCUGGAGCUGUCCCUGUCAAGGGGGAAAUAAAGAAACAUGCAGUCACAGAUGACUACAAAAUCUCUAAGCGGGUGCUGGGCCUUGGCAUUAAUGGCAAAGUAAUGGAGUGCUUUCACAAGGCGACAGGGCGGAAAUGUGCUUUAAAGCUCUUGUAUGAUAGCCCAAAAGCACGACAGGAAGUGGAUCAUCAUUGGCGGGCUUCGGGCUGUCCACACAUCGUCCACAUCCUGGAUGUUUAUGAGAACAUACAUCAUGGGAAGAGGUGCAUCCUGAUCAUCAUGGAAUGCAUGGAGGGAGGGGAGCUGUUCAGCAGGAUCCAGGAACGAGGCGACCAAGCUUUCACAGAAAAAGAGGCCUCUGAAAUAAUGAGAGACAUUGGAACAGCCAUUCAGUAUCUACAUGGGAUGAACAUCGCCCACAGAGAUGUCAAGCCAGAAAACCUGCUUUAUACAUCUAAAGCGAAGGAUGCAGUACUGAAGCUUACAGACUUUGGAUUUGCCAAAGAGACGACGGUGCAGAAUGCGCUGCAGACCCCCUGUUAUACUCCCUAUUACGUAGCCCCAGAAGUCCUUGGUCCUGAGAAGUAUGACAAAUCCUGCGAUAUGUGGUCUCUUGGUGUCAUCAUGUACAUUCUCUUGUGUGGAUUCCCUCCUUUCUACUCCAACACUGGCCAGGCCAUUUCUCCUGGAAUGAAGAGAAGAAUUCGGAUGGGGCAGUACGGAUUUCCAAAUCCCGAAUGGUCAGAUGUAUCUGAUGAAGUUAAGCAGCUAAUUCGUCUGCUGCUGAAGACAGACCCAACGGAGAGGAUGACAAUUUCUCAGUUUAUGAAUCACCCCUGGAUUAAUCAAUCCAUGGUGGUGCCACCUACCCCUCUUCAUACUGCCCGGGUUCUGCAAGAGGAUAAAGAUCACUGGGAUGAAGUGAAGGAGGAGAUGACUAGUGCUUUAGCGACCAUGAGGGUGGACUACGACCAGGUAAAGAUUAAAGAUUUGAAAACAUCCAACAACCGUCUCCUCAACAAAAGGCGCAAGAAACAAAAGCAAGGAGGCACCUCUUCAGCAUCUCCAGGAUGUAACAACCAAUAAAGAGAAGAGAGGAAGAUAAAUAUCAAAAGGAACUAUUAAUUCAAAUGGGUUCGGCUCAGCUUUUACACCAAGAACAAAGGGUGUACAGCACUGAAGCUUUGAGUUGACCUACAGAGAAGCUGCACUGUGGCAUCCAAAAUGCAAUGUUCUGGAACUUUUUAUGCAAGCACUGGGGGGGGGGGUUUCCUAAGGGAUUUUUUGUUUUGUUUUUAGCAUUGUUUUGUUUUUUCCCUAGAGUUCCAGAAAACCCUAGAAUUCCAGUGGAAGCUUAAGAUGUGUAGUCUACCGACUAGAGGCAGUGCAGGUUCCAUACUUAUUCACAAUGAGCACAAUCCAGCCAAGAUUAAGGGAGUUUAAGUCCCCUCGAUUUCAGCCAAAAUAUAUAUUUAAGCCUGUGCUCAAUUUUCUCCAGUUGGAUUCAAUGGGACACAAAGCUGCUUAAAUUUGGCUGGAUUAUGUCUAGCAUUUCUAAGAGAAAUGAAUUUGUGCCAUCUCCUGUGGCAUAAGCCUCAUGGACAGGAAAGUUCAAGAGCCUGGUUAGGAAGCACAUGGAAAGGAAUUAGGCAUGAUAACUUUUCGUGUGUGUAUUCCUGCUUGGUCUUGACACUUUUGCUGUAUUUUAUUUUACUUCUAGGGUUCAUGCUGUCAACUCGCACAAUGCCCACCUGAGCAAGGAAGCACUGCUCUUGACUUUAAGAGAAAAAUGUUUACAUCUUAAU